AUGACCCUCAAUGACUCUGAUAUCGGUUUGGAGGUAGCCAUGGCAAUGGAUCCCCGCCUGCCGCUUUCAUCUUCCCAGAUGACCCCGGACCCUUUGGUCACAGCUGUGAUAACACCGUGGGACGUGGCCCUGUGCGUGUCGGGUGUCCUGAUUUGCUGUGAGAACGCCGUCGUCGUGGCGACCAUCUUCUCUUCGUCAUCGCUACGGGCGCCCAUGUUCCUCUUGAUUGGCAGCCUGGCGUGGGCAGACUUCCUGGCGGGGGCCGGGCUCCUGCUGCACUUCCUGUCGCGUUGGUGCAUGCACUCGCAGGCGUUGUCACUGGGCAGUGUGGGACUCCUGGUCUGUGCCCUCAGCGCGUCGGUCUGUUCAUUACUGGGCAUCACGCUGGACCGUUUCCUGUCUUUACAUCGAGCUCUGACCUACGGCUCGCGCCGCACGCACACACACACAUGCUGCGCCCUGGCACUGGGGUGGGCCCUGGCCGGUCUGCAGGGGGCGCUGCCCGUGCUCGGCUGGAACUGCCUGGAGGACGGACACUCGUGCAGCGUAGUGCGACCUUUGACCCGGGCCCACCUGGCCACCCUGUGCGGCGGCUUCCUGCUGGCUCUCGUUCUGAUGCUGCAGCUGAACGCACGGAUCUGCCAGGUCGUCCUGAGACACACGCAUCAGAUCGCCCUGCAGAGGCACACGCUGCCGUCAGCGCGCACGCACACGCGGCGGCGCGUUCACACCCUCGCUCUGAUCCUCGCCACCUUCGCCAGCUGUUGGAUGCCUUUCGCCCUUUACGGUCUCCUUAGCGACGGCUCGUCUCCGCCCCUCUACACGUAUGCCACUCUGGUCCCUGUCACGGGAAACUCUCUCCUUAAUCCGCUGAUUUAUGCUUACAGAAACACACACAUCCAGAGAGUGCUCAGACAAGCCUGCUGCUGCUGCUUGCCGCAAUCACUCAGCAAAAACACACACACGCCUAGUGACGUCUAA